GUUCUUUGGGUGAACAUUCACAUACCUACCAUAAGAAGACGUUAGAUUUUUUUUGUAAAUGUCCUUAGUGGUGUUUGUUAAGAUGAAGCUUCUAAUAGUGUGCAUUCUCCUUGUUGCUCUUCAAGCCUCUGGAACGCCAAUAUUGCAUAUUAAACGAGCAAAAAAGGAAAUAUUUGCUGAAAGCGAUCCUAGUUCCAAUGCUUUAGAUGUCAAUAAAAGCAAAGCAACGGAGAACAAUACGAGUGUUGAAAAUGAACCAGUAAAAAAUGAAGCCUUAAAAAAUAAUACACAGCCUUCAAAGGAUAACCUCAAGACAAACGGACCUGAGGCACGCACUAUUGAAGCUAAUUUUACAUUUGGCUUGACAGAUAAACCUAAAAUAGAGAAGCUAGCAGAAAAUCUCAAUUUAUCAAAAUCUGGAUCAGUAGAAACACCUCUAUUUCAUGGUAAUGAAUUUAAGGUAAGAGUUUUGGAUCUUCCACGUAAUACUGAAGAUUAUCAUCCAUUUCAAAAUUCUAUUGGAUCUAAACAUCAUCCAGGAAUAUUUAUUCCAGCUUCUGCGCCUAAGGUUGAAUCCUUAGAAAUUCCAGAGGGCAGUUUUGCCAGCGAUCAUCAUUUUUACAGCUAUCCAGUUUUGUCAGCACCUUUCAAACCCAUCUAUGACUUUCCAAGUUUACCAGUGAGUUAUCCAACAGGUAGUUUUUCUGAAGCGUUGAACACUUAUCCAUCAAUUUACCCAGUUGAUAUUCCUCAACAUGCCGAGUAUCCUGUUUUCGGAGAAGAACAUCAUUUUGUCCCAGUUAUUUCUGAUAUCAGUCAGUUGCCAUCCGCCACUCCAAUUUUACCUCUUGACGGAAACUUUGGAAUAGCUGAGGAACAUAUCGAUGACCAAUCCGAUUCAGUAUCUGUUGAAGCGGUAGAACCCUUAUCAAAAAUCAACAAAUCAAAAGUAGCAGUUAAAAAGGACGAUUUGAAAAGUAAUGCUGGAUCGAAUAAAACGGAAAAAGUCUGAUAAUAAGGCCAUCAGUGAAAUAUAUAGUGACAUGUAAAUGUUUGCCUUAAUUCCAAUAAUGGCUGUAAAUAAAUUAUAUUAAUUCAUGCAAA